AUCACUAUCACUAGGGAGGUGGUGAAGGCUGCAGCGGGGAACAGGGGGAAUGGCGAGGAAAAAGUAACAGGAUUACUUCUCGACCGACGAGGAGACGAGAUCAGCAUCAUUGAACAGGUGGUUAAGGCUGCAGAAUUGUGUGGUCAAACCCAAGUUCUGGACUUCUCAUCUCAGAAGACCGUCCGCAUUGAGGAGAAAUGGCGUACCAUCGCGCACGUUUACACCGCAGCAAAAGCAGGAGAUGUUCAGGCUAUCGAACAGCUGAUUCAGGAAGGCGUCAAACCUUUGACGAACAGAACAAAUGUCGAUGUGAACUCCCGGUCAAUCGCGGGUAGAUCGCCUCUGUUCUGGCCAGUUAGCCGUGGCGAUGAACUUAUUGUGGUUACUCUAAUGGAUGCUGGUGCAGAUCCGACCAUCAUGGAUUGCAAUGGGAACACGGCGAUCACCAUGGCAAGAAAGAAUCGUCAUGAGAGUAUUGCUGAGAUGCUGGAGGGAUGGAAUGAUAUGAUAGGCACUUUGCCUUUGGCGUAG